ACAAAGUAGCUGAAUUGUAGUCUUCUCUUGGAGCCCAUGUUGGUUUAUAUUCCUUUUACAUUUUUUGCUUUUGUUUCUUUUUCUUUUCUUUUAUAUAAUUUUCUUUAUUCUUUUCCUUUUCUUCUUUAUAUAAAUCCAAUUUCUUUUUAAGAGAAUCAUUAAAAGACAAACACCUCUAUUUUUAUGCACCUUCCACUACACAUUCUCUCUAUACCCUCUCUAAAUCUAAUCAAAUCCCCCCCUAUAUCUUCUUAGGAAAAAGGAAAAAAUAAAAUAAAAACAUAUCAACAUGGCAAAUGAUGCUAAUGAAAACUUAUCUACCACAUCCUCCUCAUUAUCUUCCUCAUCAUCAUCAACAUCAAAUUCAAAUUCAAAUUCAUGCACAAAAAAUAGUCCUCAAAAUGUCAUGAAAAGCAAGAAAAGAGAGAGAAAACAAAACGACACAAAACACCCUACUUAUAGAGGUGUUAGAAUGAGAGCAUGGGGGAAAUAUGUGUCUGAAAUUCGUGAGCCAAGAAAGAAAUCAAGAAUAUGGCUUGGGACAUACCCUACAGCUGAAAUGGCAGCUAGAGCUCAUGAUGUAGCUGCUUUAGCUAUAAAGGGUCAUUCAGCUUACCUUAAUUUCCCUAAUUUGGCUCAAAAUCUUCCAAGGCCUUCAACUACAUCACCAAAGGACAUUCAAGCUGCAGCCGCAAAAGCAGCAGCUACUAUCUUUGUGGAAAUCAAGGAUCAACAAAAUCAAGAAGAUCAAGAUUCAUCUUCAACUCUAUCAUUAGAGAAUGUUCGAGAGUCUUCGAAUUCUCCGUCUUCUACUACUACUGUUACUACUGCUACUACUGAUGAUGACGAUGAUGAUACACUCUUUGAUUUGCCGGAUCUUUUACUUGAUGACAAAAAUGGACUUUUCUCUUAUUCUUCUUCUUCUUGGCAAUUAUGCGCCGUUGAUAGCGGACUUCGGCUUGAGGAGCAAUUAUUGUGGGAGUUCUACUAGUAUCGUCUUAGGCUGUUAUUUGCAAUGCGACAUCAAGUUUUUUGUCUGUAACGGCUAUAUUUCAACCGCAAUUGAAUUUGUAUCAUCUGCAUUUGACUACAAUUCUAUGUAAUAUCAAGGAUCACGACGAAACCACAAUUGUGAUUUAAAGGUUACCACUCAACAGAACUUGAUUCAUAUGCAUUUAAUUAUAAUUCUCUGCAA